CGUGCUGGUGAAUCGCACGGCAGCAGAGAGCAGCUGCAGAGGCUCGGCGAGCAAUGACCACGGAGCGACGGAAAGACGCAACAACACACACGCACACACACGCCAGUCUAUUUCGCUGGGUGAAUUAGUCCAAUCCAACGUCUAUUGUCGUAUUUUCGCGUUACAACACAUGCGUGGGAUUACGAAACACAUCGUCUCCCGAGCCUGAGAACCCAGCCGGCGGUGUAGGUUAGCCAAUGGUUACCGGGAGUGCUUCUUGCGGGCGGAUUAUUGGUCGUCGCCGAGCGAGUCGCAGGAUCCAGCCGGGAGGAGGAGGAGGCCCUGUCUCUGGCCGACUGAUGAAGAAGGAGAUGAUGAUGAUGAUGCUCGGCUUUCAUCGGCACGGUUCGCAGCGGGUGAACUGAACUCGGAUGUUCGGUCCACACCAGCCCUCCACAAAUCUUUUCCUCCUGCACUAACUUUAUAUUUCUUAAAAACUGGACGCCCCUGGGACACUUUAUGACGGUAAGACCAGCGUUAGCCACUUAGCUUAGCACUGUCACUUUCCCCCCCUCUCUGCAAGUUGGUCUUUGCAGAGCUAUGCAAACCGAAUACAUGGGAAAUAACAUUGCGAUAGCUGUGUGUUUGAAUGGCCCCGUUGUCACGACGCAUGGUUGUGCUCGGGUAGGAUUGUAUUGUAAGCAGUGGAAGGCUUUUAUUGUUAAUUAAUGAGCAGGACAAGCCAGUGACUGUAUCUAGCACUUGGUCCAUUCAAUCCCACUCACUUUACACUCUCAGUGCACUGCAAAACACUCCUCUAUUGUGCUCACUCGUGGCUUUGGACGUGGAUUUAAACUCAUAUUGCACACGCAUAGAACCUUGACUCGCCCGGUAUAAUAUCAAUGUUGUGGUGUUUCUAUUAAUUUGUCAAAUAAAGUCCUGAAAGUGCUCUGAGAUAGGCAGACGUCAAAUUUUACUGGGUUUUAUCAUUGCAGCAUUUUCAAGUGACAUUGCAUUACACAUAUUCUACCCUAAUGUACGUCGUAUGACUAAAUGCCAGUUUUGCUCUCUAAUUCUGUCUGUACGAUUGAACCAUAUCUGCCCCUGAAUCUUUAUCUUUCUCUUUUCUUCCAAAUGUGUUCAUGCACGUCUACGAUAGUGUUUUGCUCCAGUCCAUUCACAUUAAUAUUAGUUUUUGCAUGCGUACUUUCAAUUGAAUAUUAUUAAAUGUACACGCUGUGCACUAUUAAUAUCAGCAGUUGCUGGCGAUAAUCUUCUGAUUGCGAUUUUCACUGACCCCUUUGUGGGUGAUGCAUCACUUAUCGGGCUCCAUUGUUUUAACCCGAAUAAACAAUCCGUCUGGGGCCAGGCCGGACUGUCCUAUAGGGUGUUUAAUUAGGUGUUUUUUAGAUCGAUGUUUGCAGAGCAGUAAUGAAAUGUCCUCCUUUUUUUUCUCAAUGACGUAAUCCUUCACCACCAUCACUGCCACAUCUUUUGAGUCGCAGCCCUCUUCUGUGCGCCGAUUGGCUGCCGACGCCUGGUCAUAUGGUCGAUGUUCUGUCGGCUAUGUAUUCAAGUUAACCGAUGUCAUUCUUACAGAGACACGGAGUUAUCUUUGACACAAGGGCUAUCGACUGUAUUUGUCAGUGAAAUUCCACGAAUCUGAAGGGCAGCACGAUUUGCAUUUCCAAGUUGUUCCUCUUAUGGUUAUCGACAUUAUAUUGACCGUGCGUAAGGCCUAUGUUUGCUACCACAGUAAUAUGAAAUUGUAUUUAUAUGUAUUACAUUACUAAAUUGAAGACAGAAAAUAUCAACAGCAGCAGCUUCAACAGCCAUGGUUUACAGACCCUGGUAGGAGCGUGAUGAGCGCGCGCUUCCGUUGCCCCGCCGGCAGAUCCUACAAUGUGCGGGCGACGGAGCUGGAGCGCGAGCGGCACCACGCCCAGGUGCUCUGCAACAUCCUGCUGCUGGACCACUCCAUGCAGCCCUUCACCGUGUCCAAAUGUGACCUGGGCCAGGUGCUUCUGGACGCGGUCUUCAAACACCUGGAGCUGACAGAGAGGGACUACUUUGGUCUUCACCUGGCGGAGGACUCGUCAGACACGCUGCGCUGGCUCGACCCAAGCAAGCCCAUCAGGAAGCAGUUGAAAAGAGGGUCUCCACACAACCUGAGCUUCAGAGUCAAGUUCUUUGUGACUGACCCCGGCAAACUUCAGGAAGAAUACACACGAUACCAGUAUUUCCUUCAGAUCAAGCAGGAUAUUCUGACUGGAAGAUUACCCUGUCCGCACAACACAGCAGCUCUCCUGGCCUCCUAUGCAGUCCAGUCUGAGCUGGGGGACUACAGUGAGAGUGAGAACGCUCCUGGCUACCUGUCGGAGUUCUUCUUUAUCCCAAGCCCUCCCCAGGACUUCCACAAGGAGGUCACCAAACACCACCAGCAGCACAGUGGUCUCUCGCCUGCCCAGUCAGAGUUUAAUUAUCUCAACACAGCGCGCACGUUGGAGCUCUACGGGGUCGAGCUGCACUAUGCAAGGGACCAGAGCAACACAGAGAUCCUGAUUGGUGUGAUGUCAGCCGGUGUUGUGAUUUAUAAAAACAGGGUACGGAUCAACUAUUUCCCCUGGUUGAAAAUCGUGAAGAUCUCCUUUAAGUGCAAACAGUUCUUUGUCCAGCUGAGAAGAGAGCCGAGCGAGACGCGGGAGACGCUGCUGGGCUUCAACAUGGUGAACUACCGGGCCUGUAAGAACCUGUGGAAGGCCUGCGUGGAGCACCACACCUUCUUCAGGCUGGACCGCCCCGUCCCCCCCCAGAAGAACUUCUUUACCCACUAUUUCACCCUUGGCUCCAAGUUCAGAUACUGUGGUCGGACAGAGGUACAGUCUGUCCAGUACGGGAAGGAGAAGGGCAUCAAAGACCGGGUCUUUGCAAGGUCUCCUAGCAAGCCAUUGGCUAGGAAGCUUGUGGACGGGACUGACUGGGAGUCGGUGAGCAGAACCAGCCUAUCAGAUGAGAGAUUGGAGACCCAGAGCCUGCCCACUCGUUCCCCGCCUGGAACGCCCAUCCACAGGAACUCUCUGUUCGUGCAGGAGGGCACUCGUAUGCGCCCCUCGUCUGUGGGCCACCUGGUGGACCACGUCAUCCACGCCUCGCCCAGCCUGCCCGUCUUCUCGUCCAAUCACAAGUCUGCCUCGUCCACGCAGGCCAACAGCAUCAGCCUCGACUCCACCCCGUCUCCCGAGGGCGUGGACGGCCUUCCCCCCGCUCUGCCCCCAAAGCAGCUGAGCAGGAAGACCCUGAGCCAGAUCAUCCAGGCCCACUCCCAGCAGAGCCUGCUGGACAACCACCUCAACGAGAUGUACGACGUGCCAGUCAACACCGACAAGACCACGCUGAACGGAGUGGUUCCCCAUGACAACCUGGUGCUCAUCAAGAUCAAGCCCGACGAGCACGGACGCUUCGGCUUCAACGUCAAGGGCGGAGCAGACCAGAAGAUGCCAAUCAUCGUGUCAAGAGUUGCUCCUGGCACAUCAGCUGACCUCUGUGUGCCACGCCUUAACGAGGGCGACCAGGUGGUCCUUAUUAACGGGCGGGACAUCUCGGACCACACCCACGACCAGGUGGUCAUGUUCAUCAAGGCCAGCUGUGAGAGCCACUCCGGCGAGCUCAUCCUAUUGGUCAGGCCAAACGCGAUCUACGACGUGGUGGAGGAGAAGGCGGACUCGGAGCCAGACUUCCAGUACAUCCCUGAGAAGUCGGCCCUGGACCCGGGGCAGACGGACCAGCACGCCUGGAGGGACUCCAUGGUGGCCCUGAAGGAAGGCCUGAUCAGCGGAGCCCUGCUGGCUCAGUUUGAUCAACUGUACCGGAAAAGGCCCGGGAUGACCAUGUUGUGUGCCAAAUUACCUCAGAACGUCUCCAAGAACCGCUACAGAGACAUCUCCCCCUACGAUGCCACGCGGGUCAUUCUGAAAAGCACAGAUGACUACAUCAAUGCAAAUUACAUCAACAUGGAGAUCCCCGCCUCCAGCCUGAUCAACCGCUACAUCGCGUGCCAGGGCCCGCUGCCCAACACCUGCCCUGACUUCUGGCAGAUGAGCUGGGAGCAGGGCUCCUCCAUGGUGGUCAUGCUGACCACCCAGGUGGAGCGAGGCCGGGUGAAAUGCCACCAGUACUGGCCCAACCCGGGGAACAGCGCCACCUACGGGGGCUUCUCGGUCACGUGCCACACAGAGGAGGGCAACGCUGCUUUCCUGGUCCGAGAGAUGACCCUCACACACACUCAGAGUGAGCAGGAGAGGGAGCUCACCCAGAUCCAGUACGUGGCGUGGCCCGACCACGGCGUUCCCGAUGACUCCACGGACUUCCUGGACUUUGUGGCGCUGGUCCGCAGCAAGCGGGCCGGACGGGACCAGCCCAUGGUGGUCCACUGCAGUGCUGGGAUAGGUCGCACGGGGGUGCUGGUAACCAUGGAGACAGCGUUGUGUCUGAUGGAGUACGGUCAGCCGGUCCACCCGCUGGACAUCGUGAGGACCAUGAGGGACCAGCGGGCCAUGAUGAUCCAGACCCCAAGCCAGUAUCGUUUCGUGUGCGAGGCCAUCCUGAAGGUGUUCGAGGAGGGGCUGGUCUCCCCCGUCAAGGCGGGACUCUUCCAGCCGAGGGAGAGGGAAGCGGAGGAGGAGCGGGGCGGCCAGGAGCUGGAGGCGGGGAACGACGGAGGGGAGGCUGGGCUGGAGGAGGACGAGGAGAUGGACAUGGAAGGGGGUCUGGACCAGGACGAUGAUGACGAGGAUGACGAGGAUGACGACGACGACGAGGAUGAUGAUGAGGAGGAUGAUGAUGAUGACGAUGAGGAUGAUGAUGACGACGAUGUGGAGGUUUUGGACGUGGGACGGGUGGUGGAGGAGGAGGAAGAGGAGGAAGAGCUUGAGGAGCCCAGCGUUGCCAGCGCGACGAGUGUGACCAGCGAGGCCAGCUUGAACCCUGAACCCCAACCCCAAUCUGAACCUGAUCCCGUCGACCCAUGACCCUUUGACCUUUGGCAGAGGGGGAGUGGGAAACGAGGCUUGGGGGGCGGGAGGGUUGCACGAGGAAGUGGCCGGAGGAUUGAACAAAAAGCACUGUUGCACUUUACGCCGAUUUAGAGAAAAAGAACAAAAAAAGAGAGAAAACGGAAACGACAGAUAAAAAAUGAGCUAGCGACCAGAGCAAAGGAGGAGAAGAAACGCGAACCAGAUCUGGUGGAGGAGUAGAAUCCCAGCCGUGUUGAAUAGGUACCAUUAGGGACGCUGUGUGUUCUGGGUAAACUAAACAAUUAAAAAAAGAAAGAGAGGAAAACAUUGAGAGAGAGAGAGGAGACGAUAAACUGUAGUGGGGUGUCGCUGUAGUGCCAUACGUAUCAAGGGGGAGGGGCGCCAACACUUUAGAUAGAGGUUGUUUUAUUCUACUUUCCUUUCUUUUGUACCGGCCUCUUCCCUCCUCUCGGUCAGAAGGUGUCUUCUUUUUCGUUUCUUAUUUUACAUUAUACUCCUCGUCCUUCUGGCUGAUAGAGAAUGAACUGUGUUUUGCUUCUUCUUUUUUUUUUUUUAAAGAGUAUUUAUUGUGUUUUAUGUUGGUGUCCGAGCUUGUUCCCCAAACACGACAAGUUGUCCGUUUUUGUUAGUGCGAUUCUAGCUCCCCUGGUGAAAUCAUAGCUGUUAAAAAUCGUAGUGUGAUUCCUUAACUCCCCAACUCUUAAUUUCCUUUUUUAAUCCUUCGUAACUAAAAGAAAAAGAAAAGACAGUGGUUUUUAAUUUAUUGUUCUUGAUUUGAUGCUUUGCUCUGCUUUCUCCGCCAACCCCCCCGGAUGGUCAGCGAGACGGAGAGAAGCACUUAGGGUCUCAUCUUGUUCCCCCCCCUACCCCUCCCCCGCCUUGUACGCUUUGUGUGAGAGCACACACACGCACACAAGUAAAACACAUGCACAUACAGACGGAAAGGCACAUACACACAUCACACAUACAAACACUCACUCAUAGCCACACACACACACACACACACUCAUAGCCACAAACACACACACACACAC